GGAUAAGCCACCAGCUGGAGCAGAUGGUAACUGCACUUAAACUAAGCAGUCUUCCCAAUGACCAAGUUCAUUAUAUGCAGUUCAACAAUAUGAACAUGAUUUUCCUCGAUUGUAUAGACACUUUGAAAACUCAGACCGAAGAGAAAGCCGACAAAGAGGACCUGAUGUUUGGCGCAGUGCAGACUCUGUGGCACCGUUACGUCCAGGCGGAAAACGCCAUGUUGCUCGACCGGACCUGCCUCAUGGUCGACUACCAGGCCUGCAACCGGGCCCUGGACAAGGCCAAGCCCAACCGGAAGGAGGCG